UCAAAUAAAUAAAAUUAAAUUAAAAAAAUUAUGGCAUAAUUCAUAUAUCGUAUGAGUAAUAUAAUUAAUAUAUAUAUAAGCUAGGAAUAUGUAUGAAAAUGUUGAAUAUUAUAAAUAUUACUCUUUGUAUCCUUGAAAUAUUGUAUUAUUUUGAUUAUAAUUAAUUAGUUGUAAUUGAAGCUUUUGGGCAUGGCAACUGGGUUACCUUGUCCCAUUGAAAUGGAGCCUAAGACGUUGAAGGAAGUACAAAUCAACCAUGCUAGGGAGCAAGCCGUAGCAAUACAAAAGAGGGAGCAAGCCGUAGCAAUACAAAAGAGGGAGCCGCAAAAUGCGCCUGAUAUCUUUAUUCAGGGGUUGAGAGAAGUUGGCUCUUUAGAUGGAACGGAGAAGAAUGCUAAUAAAGAGGAUCAUAUGGGAAGACUUGAUGAUAAAGUUGAUGGAUGUAUCAAAAAUGACAACAUUAAAAUAGAUAGCUCGCACCAUUGCUUAUGCACUAAAAUUCUCAUUGAACCCCCAGUCGCAGAUGAACUUGGGGAAAGAGAACCACUUACAGCUCCCUUUUAGAUUAUUUUUACAGUUUUAAUUUAUUUCUUACAUUUGAUUAAAAUAGUCAGAGAAUUUUAAUCACGGUGUAACAAAUAAACUGAAAUAUAGAAAAUACUAAUUUAACUAAAGCUACCUACAAAAAUAUUCACUGUAUUUAAAAUAUGCAAUAUAUAUAUAGGGGAGAAAUCUAAUAUAAAAGGUGUUUAAAAUGAAAAUGAUAAUGACUAACA